UGAUGAUCUCAAGGUUAAGACACAUGUUAUAUGGUGGUAAAGAUGGAGAGGAUUAUGAUUGCUGGAUAUUUGCUAUUUGGUCCGCUUUUGUCCGACAGUGACACCAAACCUUAUGAUGUUACAUUCCACGUCCGGCGAGGGGAAAACAUUCUGCUGCCAUGCCGCCUUGCUUCAGGUAUGGACCCCGACAACGUCUCCGUACGUUGGAAAUCAUCCAAGGACUCCUACCUCACUUCCGGUACACGUGUCCUCAAAUACGUGAACCAGAUUGAGGUCGUCAAGACGUCCGAAAUGGAAUGGAAUCUUCUGAUUAAGUCCGUCAGGGACACAUUCGCGGCAAAUUACACGUGCCAAGCUGAUCAAAAAGUCAUAUUAUCUAACGUGCAGCUGCUAAUUUUGGUCGCUCCUAAGAUAGACUAUGGCGGAACAAGCUUACCGGAAGUAAACGUAGAUGAAGGCGGCACGGUGGAGCUCAGGUGCGCGUUUACUGGUGAGCCGGUACCGAGAAUAACGUGGUUAAGAGGUGACGCCAAACAGCCAACCGGCAUCACGGGAAGAAAACUAGUUAUACGUGACGUCAAGCGUUACGCUACCGACGUCUACACAUGCCGUGGGGAAAAUUCCGUCAGUGACGAGGACUAUACUAUCAAUCUUAUCGUAAAGUUUCCUGUCGAAGUUGACGUCAUGGAACGGACCUUUGAAGUCAAGAAGGGAGGUAUAUUUACGAUAUCGUGUUACGCGCAAGGGGCACCAUUGUACGACACUUACUGGAUUGACAUUCAUGGAAAAAGGGUGACCCCAACAGCAUGGAAAUAUAAGUUUGUCGUGGAGCCGGUAGGUGCACAUGUACCGGCCGAGUUCGUCACCCUGGAAACACAAACGGGUGCCUUUGCCGAUUCCGACUUUGGAACGUACACAUGCGUGGCGGAAGGUGAGGGGCAGGAGGCAAGGGCAACCGUGGAGGUCGUAGAACUAAAGGAAUCCACACAAGCUGCACCAAAUUGCACCAUCAACGGAAAUGUGAUCAAAUGUGACUGACAUGAUUUGCGUAGAUAAACGUAUUUCAAAAAUUAGCUGAGAUUUGUCGGCGUAUCUGAAGUCCUUUACUUUGGAAACGUCCGGUGUGGGCCUCCGAGACAUUUAGGACGGUUUUAUUACAAACGUAUUACAUGUAUAUGCCAAAUGGAAAUAAAGUAAACGUGCUUAAUAAUUUAUGUUUUUAUUUGCGAUACUUGUUCAUUGCGAGUAUUUUAAUAUACAAAUUAUAUGUUGAUUUUGAGUUGUGUCCCUUUUGUUGAUCAACAAUCAAGUUAUUUUCUAAAGAAUGCUGACCGAACAUUGGGUUUGGGUUUUAUCAGGGAGAGGUCAGACGAUCAAAGUUUGCAUUGUUACACAAAAUCCACCUGUAUGAUAUUCAACAUGUCCAACCAUUUUCAAAGGUAAUUAUUGUUUAUAUAUAUUGUAUAUAAAUGUAUUGAUAAGUUGGUAUAAUAAAGUAUUGAAUUACA